UACUGCCGAGCAUGUACGAGCUCCUUCUAAUGGAAAAAUAAAAUUCAAUGAGGAUUUGGUUCAUCCCACACGUACCCGUCAUGGGCAUCCUGCUUUUCUAUGUUCUAUAGACUUGUAUGUAACUAUUGAGAGUCGGGAUAUUCUACAUAAUGUAAAUAUUCCACCAAAAAGUUUUAUUUUAGUUCAAAAUAAUCAAUAUGUAGAAUCAGAACAAGUGAUUGCUGAGAUUCGUGCUGGAACGUCCACUUUUCAUUUUAAAGAGAAGGUACGAAAACAUAUUUAUUCUGAAUCAGAGGGAGAAAUGCACUGGAGUACCGAUGUCCACCAUGCACCUGAAUAUACAUAUGGUAAUGUUCAUCUAUUAUCAAAAACGAGUCAUUUAUGGAUAUUAGCGGGAGGUCCGUGCAGAUCCAGUAUAGUGUCUUUUUCGCUCCACAAGGAUCAAGAUCAAAUGAAUGUUUAUUCUUUUUCUGUCGAAGAAAGAUAUAUCUCUGACCUAUCAAUGACUAAUGGUCGAAUAAGACAUAAAUUGUUGGAUACUUCUGGUAAAAAAGAUAAGAAAAUUAUUGACUAUUCAAUAAGACCUGAUCAAACGAUGUCUAAUGGUCAUUUGAAUUUCAUAUAUCCUUCUAUUAUCCAAGGGAAUUCUUAUUUCUUGGCGAAAAAGCGAAGAAAUAGAUUCAUCAUCCCAUUACAAUACAAUCAAGAACGAGAGAAAGAACUAAUACCCUGUUUUGGUAUUUCGAUCGAAAUACCAAAACAGGGUAUUUUACGUAGAAAUAGUAUUCUUGCUUAUUUUGAUGAUCCACGAUACAGAAGAAGCAAUUCAGGAAUUACUAAAUAUGGAACCGUAGAGGUCAAUUCAAUCAUAAAAAAAGAGGAUUUGAUUGAGUAUCGAGGACCAAAAGAAUUUAGUCCGAAAUACCAAACGAAAGUAGAUCGGUUUUUUUUCAUUCUCGAAGAAGUGCAUAUCUUACCCGGAUCUUCGUUGAUAAUGGUCCGGAACAAUAGUAUCAUUGGAGUAGAUACACAACUCGCUUUAAAUACAAGAAGUCGAGUAGGCGGAUUAGUCCGAGUGGAGAGAAAAAAAAAAAAUAUUGAACUAAAAAUAUUUUCCGGAGAUAUUUAUUUUCCUGGAGAGGCAGAUAAGAUAUCCAGGCACAGCGGCAUUUUGAUACCACCGGAAACAGAAAAAAAAAUUUCUAAGGAAUCAAAAAAAUGGAAAAAUUGGAUCUAUGUCCAACGGAUCACACCUACCAAGAAAAAGUAUUUUGUUUUGGUUCGACCCGUAGUCACAUAUGAAAUAGCUGAUGGCAUAAAUUUAGCAACACUUUUUCCUCAAGAUCUCCUGCGGGAAAAGGAUAAUGUCCAACUUAGAGUUGUCAAUUAUAUCCUUCAUGGAAAUGGCAAGUCAAUUCGAGGAAUUUCUCACACAAGUAUUCAAUUAGUUCGGACUUGCUUAGUAUUGAAUUGGGAUCAAGAGCAAAAAGGUUCUCCGGAAGAGGUUCACGCUUCCUUUGUUGAGGUAAGAACAAAUGAUCUGAUUCGAGAUUUCAUAAGAAUUGAGUUAGUCAAGUCCACUAUUUCGUAUACCGGAAAAAGAUAUGAUAGGGCAAGUUCCGGAUUGAUUUCCGAUAAUGGAUUAGAUCGCACAAAUAUCAAUCCUUUUUUUUACAAGGCCAGGAUUCAAUCACUUACCCAACAUCAAGGUACUAUUGGUACAUUGUUAAAUCGAAAUAAGGAAUGCCAAUCUUUGAUAAUUUUGUCAUCAUCCAAUUGUUUUCGAAUUGGCCCAUUCAAUGGUUCAAAAUAUAACAAUAUGACAAAAGAAUCGGAUCCCAUAAUCCCAAUUAAGGAUUUGCUGGGUCCCUUAGGCACUAUUGUACCUAAAAUAGCAAAUUUCUAUUCAUCUUACCAUUUAAUAACUUAUAAUCAGAUCUUGUUAAAGAAAUAUUUGCUACUUGACAAUUUUCAACAGACUUUCCAAGUACUUCAAGUACUUAAAUACUGUUUAAUAGAUGAAAAUAGGAGGAUUUAUAACCCCGAUCCAUGCAGUAACAUCAUUUUGAAUCCAUUCCAUUUGAAUUGGCACUUUCUCCAUCACGAUUAUUGGGAAGAGACAUCUAAAAAAAUUCGUCUUGGACAAUUUUUUUGUGAAAAUGUAUGUCUAUUCAAAUACGAACCACACGUAGAAAAAUCUGGUCAGAUCAUAAUUGUUCAUGUUGACUCCUUAGUUAUAAGAUCGGCUAAGCCCUAUUUGGCCACUCCAGGAGCUACUGUUCAUGGCCAUUAUGGAGAAAUCUUUUACGAAGGAGAUACAUUAGUUACAUUUAUAUAUGAAAAAUCGAGAUCUGGUGACAUAACGCAAGGUCUUCCAAAAGUGGAACAAAUCUUAGAAGUACGUUCUAUUGAUUCAAUAUCGAUGAACCUCGAAAGGAGAGUUGAAGGUUGGAACGAAGGUAUACCAAAAAUUCUUGGAAUCCCCUGGGGAUUCUUGAUUCAAGCGGAGCUAACCAUAGUUCAAAGUCGUAUCUCUUUGGUUAAUAAAAUCCAAAAGGUUUAUCGAUCCCAGGGGGUACAGAUCCAUAAUAGACAUAUAGAGAUUAUUGUACGUCAAGUAACAUCAAAAGUGUUGGUUUCAGAAGAUGGAAUGUCUAAUGUUUUUUCACCUGGGGAAUUAAUCGGAUUGUUGCGAGCGGAACGAGCGGGGCGCGCUUUGGACGAAGCGAUCUCUUAUCGGGCAAUCCUAUUGGGAAUAACGAGGGCAUCUUUGAAUACUCAAAGUUUCAUAUCCGAAGCAAGUUUUCAAGAAACCGCUCGAGUUUUAGCAAAAGCUGCUCUACGAGGUCGUAUUGAUUGGUUGAAAGGCCUGAAAGAGAACGUUGUUCUGGGUGGGAUUAUACCCGUUGGUACCGGAUUCAAAAAAUUAGUGCACCGUUCAAGGCAAGACAAGAACAUUUAUUUGGAAAUCAAAAGAAAGAAUCUAUUCGAUUUGGAAAUGAGAGAUAUUUUGUUACACCAUAGAGAAUUAUUUUGUUCUUACGUCCCAUUUCCAUGAGACAUCAGAACAAUCGUUUACGCGAUUUCAUGAUUCCUAAGAGCAGAUUCUUUUACUUUAACUAUCUUUUCACUUUUAACUAUCUGUCUUUUAACUUAACUAUCUGGUCCGAGUAUUGAUUUGGUAAAAAAAAAAUAAGUAAUUAAAAGACAUUAAUGGUUUGUACCGUGUAUCAACGGUUAAUUCCCGGUAGAAGGUUCCAUCGGAACAAUUAUUUAUUUCAAAGUACCUCGUCUCUUUGUUAAAAAAAUAAAAAAGAAAAAACAAAAAGGAAGUGUGGGGAAAAAUGACAAGAAGAUAUUGGAACAUCAAUUUGGAAGAGAUGAUGGAGGCCGGAGUUCAUUUUGGUCAUGGUACUAAGAAAUGGAAUCCUAGAAUGGCCCCUUACAUCUCUGCAAAGCGUAAAGGUAUUCAUAUUACAAAUCUCACUAGAACGGCUCGUUUUUUAUCAGAAGCCUGUGAUUUAGUUUUUGAUGCAGCAAGUAGGGGAAAAAACUUCUUAAUUGUUGGUACCAAAAAUAAAGCAGCGGAUUCAGUAGCAUCAGCUGCAAUAAGGGCCCGGUGUCAUUAUGUUAAUAAAAAAUGGCUCGGUGGUAUGUUAACGAAUUGGUCUACUACGGAAACGAGACUUCAAAAGUUCAGGGAUUUAAGAGCAGAACAAAAGAUGGGGAAACUCAACCGUCUUCCCAAAAGAGAUGCCGCAAUGUUGAAGAGAAAAUUAUCUGCCUUGCAAACAUAUCUCGGCGGUAUCAAAUAUAUGACGGGAUUGCCUGAUAUUGUGAUCAUCGUUGAUCAGCAAGAAGAAUAUAUGGCUCUUCGAGAAUGUGUAAUUUUAGGGAUUCCGACGAUUUGUUUAAUCGAUACAAAUUGUGACCCCGAUCUCGCAGAUAUUUCGAUCCCAGCCAAUGAUGACGCUAUAGCUUCAAUCCGAUUGGUUCUUAACAAAUUAGUAUCCGCAAUUUGUGAGGGCCGUUGUAGCUAUAUAAGAAAUCGUUGAUUAUGAUUAAGAAUAAUUAGUUAAUUAUUUGGGGAUUUUAUAGAUUUAUUGGAUCGGUUACUAUUCUUGAAUUAAAAAAAAGAAAAAACAAAAUGGAAAUGUGGGCAUAUUGAUAAUAUGUUAUGAUGUUAUGUGAUUUCUUGGUAUCCUAUGUAAUUUCUUGAUAUCCUAAAUAUACGAUUGAUGAAUACAAUUAGUGAUUCAAGUUGGUGAGUUGAGAAA